AAACUUCUCUGCACAUCCUAUUAGUAUGCUCCGACCAACAACCCUGGCGCUCCAUGAGACCCCCACACCGUUUGAGUUACCACAGGAAGCCUUCACCUCCGGCGACGACGCCUUUCCCAAGAACCGGUGACUCUUCCUCCCCCACUCUUAAAAUGCUGCCCGAACAGCCAGCCACCCUAGUCCUCCGCCGCUUUCUUUUCUUGGUCGCCGUCUCCCUCUCCUGCGUGAUUCUCUUCCGAGCUUCUUACUUCGUCCGCUUCCUCCCUCGCUUCCAAUCUUCCACCUCCGGUUCCUCCUCUUUUUUUCCAUUCAACUUCUCCUCUGCCUUCGACGAUUCCCCUCCAGUUAGUUUAGCUGGUGACGGAUAUAGGCUUGAAAAGGUUUUGAAGGAUGCUGUCAUGGAAGAUAGGACUAUAAUUAUAACAGCUAUAAAUAAAGCGUGGGCAGCUCCAAAUUCGGUGAUUGAUCUCUUUCUAGAGAGCUUUAAAAUUGGAUAUCGUACCCGUAGACUUUUGAACCAUUUGGUGAUUAUUGCCUUGGAUCAAAAGGCAUUUGCGCGUUGUCUCGUGAUACAUAAACAUUGCUUUUCUCUUGUCAGUAAUGGAGUCGAUUUUCGUCAUGAGGCCUACUUUAUGACCCCUAAUUACUUGAAGAUGAUGUGGAAAAGGAUUGAUUUCCUGCGCUCUGUUCUUGAGAUGGGCUACAAUUUUGUUGUCACGGAUGCUGAUGUCAUGUGGUUUAGAGACCCAUUUCCUCAGUUUUAUUUGGAUGCAGAUUUCCAAAUAGCCUGUGAUUCUUUCCUAGGGAGCUCCGAUGAUUUACAUAACAGACCCAACGGAGGCUUUAACUAUGUAAAAUCAAAUAAUCGAUCAGUAGAGUUCUACAAAUUCUGGUACACUUCGCAUGAAAUUUUUCCUGGAUACCAUGAUCAGGAUGUCCUCAAUAUUAUCAAGUUUCAUCCCUUCAUCCUAGAUAUUGGACUAAAGAUGAAAUUCUUAGACACUGCGUAUUUUGGUGGGCUUUGUGAACCUAGCAAAGAUUUAAAUGAAGUUUGUACAAUGCAUGCAAAUUGUUGUUAUGGCCUAGACAGCAAGCUCCAUGAUCUAAGGAUUAUGCUCCAGGAUUGGAAGCAAUUUAUGUCUUUGCCUCCAAGUUUGAAGAGAUUGUCAAAUUUGUCCAGGAGGGUUCCUCAGAAUUGCAGUCUCGAUUCUCUCCAUCAUUAUGAUUCCCCGAUGCAGGACAUUGAAGAGGGAGGGCAUGAUUGACUAGAAUUGUAUACAUGUUGCAUUAUAGAUUUGCCUUUGUAAUAAAGCAGGGGCGCCCUUAGUGGGCGUGCCCCUGCCACUUCCCUUAUUGGGAUGCCAGGUAUAACACCUGGCAUUACUCUAGGCGUUAUAUCUGGAGUUAUGGCUGUAACGUUGGCUAGCCAACGGUUACCAUACGAUGAUUGAUUUUUUCCAUCUCUGGCAGAUAUCAUCUUGGCAUUUUGGAAGUCUAUUUGUUUUGUGAGUGAAAAUAUGUAGGUUGUGGGCAUAUUGAGUGUCUCUAGAUUUAUGUAUGUAGCACACUCACACACUGGACAAAGGAGAAAUCAGAGUUUUGAAUACUGAAUUCACUUAUGGAAAAACUACACAGAUUAUCCUUGAGGUAUUUCUUCCAGUGUGUAUAUUUACAUAAAUUCUAACAUUGGUAUCAGAGCAAUCGUUAG